GAAACACCCGAAACGCCCAAAAAAAAAAAAAAAAAAAACUAAGAAGAAUGGAUCCUCCAAAUCUCCUCCUCUUGUUUCUUCUCACCUUUGCUUCCACCAUUAACGCCCAACUCCUGGCGAACUACUGUGGUUCGACCGGCAACUUUACGGCCGACAGCGCCUACCAAACCACCCUCACCAACCUCCUCACCUCCAUCUCCACCAACUCCUCGUUGCUCAACUAUGGCUUCUUCAAUGCCUCCUCCGCCGUCUCCGGCACCUCCCAAACCCUCUACGUCAUCGGCUCCUGCCGUGGUGACCUCGCUGCCGAGAGCUGCCGCACCUGCCUCAACACCUCGGCCUCCGACAUACGCCGCCUCUGCCCCCUCCAGAAGGAGGCGGUCCUCUACAGCGAGUUCUGCAACGUCAGAUACUCUGACGCCUCGAUCUUCGGCAUAGUUAAGACUGAACCCAGUUACACUUUGUCCAACACGGGCAACGUCGCAAGCCAGGUCAUGUACAAGCUGGGGAGAGAGAUGGAAGGUAUGCAGCGCGAGGCAACCGGCAGUGGCUCACUGAGGAAGUAUGCUACGAAGACCAUGUCCGACGGGUCUGACACGGUUUACGCAAUGGCGCAGUGCACGCCAGACUUGACGGAGGAGCAAUGCAUCGAGUGCCAAAAGAUAAUUGUCGGGACCUUCGAGAACUGUUGUGUCGGGAGGAAAGGAUUGAGGACCCUGGCGCCGAGUUGCCAGUUCCAUUUCGAGACCUAUUCUUUCUUUAGCCCAGUUGCCGAGCCACUUCCACCUCCGCCACCGCCUCCGCCUCCGCCUCCGCCACCGCCGCCGCCUCCAGGAAAAAGCAACAAAUCUACCGUGAUAACCAUCGCCAUUACCGUUCCUAUUGGAGGUGUUAUGGUCCUUGUCGUUUAUAUUUGUUGUUUGCUUCGAAGAAAGAGAAAGAAGACACAUGAAGUCGUCAAAGGAAAAGACGGUGCAAAUGAACUUACCACUGUGGAGUCCUUGCAAUUUGACUUGGCUACAAUGCAAGCAGCGACAAAUGAUUUCUCUCCUGAAAACAAGUUGGGUGAAGGUGGAUUUGGUGAAGUUUUCCAGGGUAGAAUUCCGGAUGGACAGCAAAUUGCCAUGAAGAGGCUAUCUCGAAGCUCUAGACAAGGUGAUGAAGAAUUCAAAAAUGAAGUUCUAUUAGUUGCAAAGCUUCAACAUAGAAACCUUGUACGACUACUUGGAUUUUGCUUGGAGGGGGACGAAAAGCUACUCGCCUACGAGUUUGUGCCAAAUAAAAGCCUUGAUUACUUCUUAUUUGAUCCUCAAAAAAGCAGUCAAUUGAAUUGGUCAGUACGUUAUAAAAUAGUAUCUGGGAUUACUCGAGGAAUGCUCUAUUUACAUGAAGAUUCUCGCCUCCGGAUCAUCCAUCGUGACCUAAAAUGUAGUAAUAUCUUGUUAGACAGUGAAAUGAACCCGAAGAUUUCAGAUUUUGGCAUGGCAAGGAUUUUUGGAGUCGAUCAAAUUCAGGCUAGCACAAAUAAAAUCGUGGGGACUUUUGGUUACAUGUCUCCCGAAUAUGCAAUGCAUGGAGAGUUCUCUGUGAAAUCUGAUGUUUAUAGUUUUGGCAUACUACUUAUAGAGAUCAUUUGCGGCAAGAAGAAUAACUUCUACCACGAAUUGGAUGGGGGAGAAUAUCUUGCUAGUUAUGUAUGGAAUAAAUGGAGGAAUGGCACACCCUUGAAAGUGUUGGACCCAUCUAUUGUUGAUUCAUAUUCAAGGGAUGAAGUCCUUCGCUGCUUAUUGCACAUUGGCUUACUAUGCAUUCAAGAAGAUCCAGCCACUAGACCCACCAUGGCAACUAUAGUUCUCAUGCUCGCAGUAAUUACUUUAACCCGCCAUUGCCUCGACAUCCGGCCUUCUUUGUCCGAAGUAGAUCGGGGGAUUGAGCAUCCCAAUGGAAGAGCUUGGAUUGAAUCAAUCUACUAG